GGUGACGUCAUAGAAGAGAAGGGCUGGGGAGCGGUUGCUGAGCAGGGGCUCUAUCGCAGGCGGGCAGCUGUGGAGGUGAACCAGCUGGGAUCUUGCGCUGGGGGCUGCAGCUUAACCCCUCCGGGAGCCUGUGCACUGGGGCGGGUGAAGAGCCAAGAGGAGCAGGCUGGGCCCGGGGCUGCGGCUGCGGCCGCGGGGCUGCGGCUCCCCAGCCCCGCCAGCCAGAGCGCUUGGAGGUAGAGGAAAGGUCUUGACGGGGUGGCUGGACCCCACGCAGGUUUACCCCAAGAAGGAGCAGCUGAGUCCUUGCAUCUUGUGGCAGCUGCCCAGCACUAAGUCAUCAGGGCUGAAGUCAGCUCAACUCUUUCCCAAUGGGCAGUACUCACCAGUGCUGAGGUCCUGCAGUGGUGGCCUUGUGAGAGUUCUUCUGGCAAGUGCCCCAGAAGAGGCAAGCUCCAAAACAAGGCCAUCUAAGAAUUGGUACAGCUGUCCAGCAAAACCUGUUGGAACUCUAUGAGUAAACCACCUAGCCUUGGGUCUUUGGAUGGGAAAAGCAACUGAAAACAGAGCUGUGAACUGAAAAUGUCUGACGGUCUGGAUAAUGAAGAGAAACCCCCAGCUCCUCCACUGAGGAUGAAUAGUAACAACCGGGAUUCUUCAGCACUCAACCAUAGCUCCAAGCCACUUCCCAUGGCCCCUGAAGAGAAGAAUAAGAAAGCCAGGCUCCGCUCUAUCUUCCCAGGAGGAGGGGAUAAAACAAAUAAGAAGAAAGAGAAAGAACGCCCAGAGAUCUCUCUUCCUUCAGACUUUGAGCAUACGAUUCAUGUGGGGUUUGAUGCAGUCACCGGGGAAUUCACUCCAGAUCUCUAUGGCUCACAGAUGUGCCCAGGGAAGCUCCCAGAGGGAAUUCCCGAACAAUGGGCACGAUUACUCCAAACCUCCAACAUAACAAAACUGGAACAGAAGAAGAAUCCACAAGCUGUUUUAGAUGUUCUCAAAUUCUAUGAUUCCAAAGAAACCGUCAACAACCAGAAAUACAUGAGCUUUACAUCAGGAGAUAAAAGUGCACAUGGAUAUAUAGCAGCACAUCCUUCAAGUACAAAAACAGCGUCUGAGCCUCCUUUGGCGCCUCCUGUAUCUGAAGAAGAAGAUGAAGAAGAAGAGGAGGAAGAAGAUGAUAAUGAGCCCCCACCUGUUAUUGCACCAAGACCAGAGCAUACAAAAUCAAUCUAUACUCGUUCUGUGGUUGAAUCCAUUGCUUCACCAGCAGCACCAAAUAAAGAAGUCACACCACCUUCCACUGAGAAUGCCAAUUCCAGUACUUUGUAUAGAAAUACAGAUCGGCAAAGGAAGAAAUCGAAGAUGACAGAUGAGGAGAUCCUAGAGAAGCUAAGAAGCAUUGUAAGUGUUGGUGACCCAAAGAAAAAGUACACACGAUUUGAAAAAAUUGGUCAAGGGGCAUCAGGUACUGUUUACACAGCACUAGAUAUUGCAACAGGACAAGAGGUGGCCAUAAAGCAGAUGAACCUUCAACAGCAACCCAAAAAGGAAUUAAUAAUUAAUGAAAUUCUGGUCAUGAGGGAAAAUAAGAACCCCAAUAUUGUUAAUUAUUUAGAUAGCUACUUAGUGGGUGAUGAAUUGUGGGUAGUCAUGGAAUACUUGGCUGGUGGCUCUUUGACGGAUGUGGUCACAGAGACCUGUAUGGAUGAAGGACAGAUAGCAGCUGUCUGCAGAGAGUGCCUCCAAGCUCUGGAUUUCUUGCACUCAAACCAAGUGAUCCAUAGAGACAUAAAGAGUGACAAUAUUCUUCUCGGGAUGGAUGGCUCUGUUAAACUGACUGAUUUUGGGUUCUGUGCCCAGAUCACUCCAGAGCAAAGUAAACGAAGCACUAUGGUGGGCACCCCCUACUGGAUGGCACCUGAGGUGGUGACUCGAAAAGCUUAUGGUCCGAAAGUUGAUAUCUGGUCUCUGGGAAUUAUGGCAAUCGAAAUGGUGGAAGGUGAACCCCCUUAUCUUAAUGAAAAUCCACUCAGGGCAUUAUAUCUGAUAGCCACUAAUGGAACCCCAGAGCUCCAGAAUCCUGAGAGACUUUCAGCUGUAUUCCGUGACUUUUUAAAUCGCUGUCUUGAGAUGGAUGUGGAUAGGCGAGGAUCUGCCAAGGAGCUUUUGCAGGUGCUCUUGGCCGGAGGUAAUUCUCUACAUAACUAUGCAAUUCUUUCCAUGGCAUUUGCUACUCUAAUGCUUUACUGGUCAAAGCCCCUUUGCUUGUGAUGCCAAUUGGCAGGCACCUGCUUGCCUGGCAUCCAUUUUUAAAAUUAGCCAAGCCUCUCUCAAGCCUGACUCCUCUGAUUAUCGCUGCAAAGGAAGCGAUUAAGAACAGCAGCCGCUAGGACUGCAAGCCUUACCCCUCACCAUCUCCCUCAUAAGUAAGACUGAACUAAAACUUUGCUUCAGGAAAGAUGGAAGAAAAGACAGUCAAAUGGGGUGGGGGUUCAUUAACUUUGAAAUAAAUAGAAACUUCUUAUAAGCCUUUUUUCCUAUUCCCUCAGAUUAUGUAAUUUAUUUGUAAGCCUGAAUUGCAGCCCAAACAGGGCAGCAAUGACGAAGUGGCCAUCAAGUGGUCACUUCCACCGUGAAGCGAAAGAGCCAGUAGUGAAUCCCCUCAUUUUGUGCAUUCACUUUGAAGAAAAGGAUUUCUCAAAGAUGCACACUCCCUCUUCAUAGUGUUGUGUUUGUUUUUAAGUUAGAGAGUAGUCCCUCUUGCAUUCAAACCUCCUUCAAAACCCCUUACCCAAUGUGAUGUUUUUCACUUGCAUUGUCAUUAGAUGUCCAAAAAGAGAUGUCAAAAUGUUUUUUUAAAAAAAGAAAGCAAAAACACAAAGCAAAAAAAUUACAAAAACAAACAAAACAAAAAAACGACAAACAAAAAAAUAGAGCAAGUACUGUGUGAACAUGUGGAACUCCAUGCCCUAAUAGAGUUGCAAUUUUUUAUUCUUCUUCUAUAGUGUGGCUUGGUUUGUGUACCUAUUUUUCUGCAUUUGUAUUGGAAAAGGUUUCUUUUAAAACAUUUUCCGAAAGCAGAAGGAAAUAUGUAUGUUCAGGAAGGGCUUUAGCAAAUUCUGUGUCUAAACAAAGAUCAAAUGGUGAAAUCCUGUCACAUUUUCAGAAGGAUGCUUGAAAGGUAGUUGAUCUGUCGCAUAAACAAGCUUGUUAAUUUUCAUAGUACUGGAAAAAAGACACACUAACAAGUGCAUCCCUGGUCCUGAACCUGGGAAAUCCUGAUAGGAGAAACCAUUAUGUAAACAAAGAUGGGACUUUCUCUGAAAGCCAAAAGGAAAAUAAGACAUCUGUGUGAUACUGAAAUUCUUGUUGGAUAUUACAGUAAACAACGGAAAAGACACCUAAUUUAAAACUCUUUUGUGCUUGUAGAACAUAUACAAUGCAAAACAGGCACAUCAGAAGGAAAUAUAUCCAUCAACCAACAUUUCUUUAUGAUAAAAUGGUUUAAUUUGACAAUUUAUAGCAUUUUGGAAUUUUUUUGAAAAUAAAAAAAAUAAUAAGCUUUUAAUUCCUUAAGAAAUGGGGUAUCAGUGAAAGACAUCCCAAUCAACAUUUGCUUCUGUGUACUUCUUUAUGUUGGUGUUUGCCACCAAUUUCAGUUUCAGGAUAUUAUGUGUUAAUAUUUAGCUUUCUGGACUUUUGAAUUUCAAAAGUCUAUUUAAUAAAAUUCCUCAGUGAAAAUAAUUUUGGCUUGCAACGAUAUAUUCCAUGAAAUAUCAUUCCAACUGAAUUCCUUUUGUAGCUUGGGGAAAAUACCAAAAUUUGACUGUUAUUUCACCAUGUAUCUAUUUCUUAAAAAUCUAACAGUUACUACUUCCUGAAUCUUCUGAGAGUAGAAAAAUAUCUGGAAGGUGUAUGUGUAAAAAAGGUUGUCUCUUUUAUUGUCAAUUUUAUAAAUUUUGGAAAAUUGUUUCACUAAGCCUUUGAAAAACUAACAGUCUAUGCUGUAGAAGACUUUUUAAUUUGUAGAAUAUAACAAAUCUGAAUAGAACCUAUCUACAUCCAGCAAGAAGGAGAAAAGAGAUCGGUGACAUAGGCCUUUCUCCUUCUCUGCGAGGUACAUCUAUCCAUCUAACCAUCCAUCCACCCACCCAUCCAUCCAUCCUUUCUUUAAAAUGAAAGCACUUUCUUUUAGAGUUUCUACUAACUGUAUUGUGUAUGUGUUUAUGUUUAGAAUAUUCCACUGGUGAAUUUCCUAUUUUCCUAUUAUUUUGACUAUAAAAUUUGGGAGAGUCUCGACCGUCAUCCCCCCCCCCCCAAAUUGUCCACAUUGCAAUAAAACAACAAAUGUGAAAAGAAAAUCAAAUGGUAAUAUUAACUGGAUGUAUACUAUGUUACACUUUGCAAAGAGGUAUCUGGGUCUAAGAUUUUUAACACUACCCUGCUGUAAUGAGAUAGACAGACCAUAAUUUUUAUUUCAUUUAAAGUCAAGGUUUUUUUUUUCUCUCAUAAUGCCAGGUAAUUCAAUGAAAUACCUGGGAUGCAAAUAAAGUCCAGUACAUUGGUGAUAAUGGUCUCACCAAUGUAGAGCCCAAAACCUGAUUGGGAAGCAACUAGUCAUCAUUUAGCUUCCCUUACAUGCUGUAAAGGCAAUUUUGUUUUGUUUUGUUUGGUCUUAUUUUGUUAUUUUGGAGACCCUGAAGUGUUAAUCCUUCAGAUCACUGUAGGCAGAGAAAUAGCUGCUCUUUAUACUUUUAGUUCAGCAUAUUAACAGUGAAGAGCCAGGUACUAUUUUACCAACACUUUGUACUAAGUUUUGAUGAUGAUGUAUUCUAGUAGGCUUUAUUCUUACAGAUUUAUUUAUAUCCACAUAAAUUUUCAAAUGAGAACAGCUUCUAACCCCUUUCCCUCUGUUGAAGAGUUAUUUAUAUUUCUAAAAAGUAUUAGAGAGAAGCUGUUUCUCAUGCCAAAAUGAUUCUGAAGGGUUCACAUUUGGUACACUUGACUCAACUUGGACUCCAGAUGGUUAAAUAGUUUCUUUCCUUUCCUUGAAUGUUUUAGCUCAUCUUGACACAGGUGAGUCUAAUCCAUAUCUUUAUUGUUGCUGGUGUUACCUAAAAUAAUGAGGGCGCAUCAUCGAAUGUUAACUCCAAAAUGUCCUGAGAUAGGAAUAGGGCAAUGUGAAAGUCAGGGAAGGGUAUGAAGCACAGUAGAUAGUAUUUAUUUAAGAAAGAAAAGAACAUUGAUCUUGUAGCAAGGAUCCGGUGCAUUGUCAUGAUCCCAUGAGGAUUUUGUGAUGACACAGUCCCUUCAAAUUGGUCACCACGUUGGGUAAUGACUUCAUUCUUGUUGAUACUGUCUAUGUGUCAUUGUAAAUAUUUGUGUGUCUAUGUUCCAUUUUGGCUACUGGAUGGCCAUUUCAUGUGAGAUUUAAUUUGAGUAUUUAUUCUUUAAUUGUUAUUCGGAUUUUUUUCAGGCUUGUGAAUUGCACACCAAUGUUUUUUACCACCAGAUCCUCACAUCUAUCCCUCCCCUUUGAAGCACAUUCCAUUGCUAAAAGAAAAAGAAAUAUGAAAUUGCUUCCUGUUGUCUGUAUAAAUGUUUUGAUAGUUUGAGAUGUUUGUCUAUAAAGGAUAUUUCGCAGCUCAAAGAUCAUGUAAAUAAUUAUACUCCUUUGCUCAAUGGGUUAUUUCUAAUGAGUCUGCUAGUUCUCAGAGAUUCUAUGAAAUCAGUUUUAAAUAGCAUAAACAGGGAUUACGACUAUAUAAAAUUAAGCUGCAUAUGGGCAAAGACUAAGAACGCAGAUAAUGGAAAUCAGUUUUGUUAGGGAGGUGGGAUUAUGUGAUUCUUUUUUCGCUUUGAAAUUUUCUUUGAUGUUUUUGUAAUAUUACAUUAUAAUGAAUAAACAUCAGAAAGGGAAUUCUAGAAGCAUAGACUCUAGAAUGCAGGACACAGAUGUUUGCUAGUUAUAAUUACUCCAUAGGCUUUAUACUUGCCCGUGUGCUGAGGUUGGCACACGCUCACGUAUGGCAUGUGCUUUCUUAGGAAACUGUUAUCUAUGUAACUCCAACUUCAUUCUUUUGCUUUAAAAGAGGCUGCCUUCUUCUUUAGUAUGACAUCUGCAUGUCUAUUUUGGUUACCGUAGGGGUAACUAUUUGUCUAGCCCCCUUGAUUAACAUUUAUUUCAAGUACCAUCUUUCUGAGUUAUUUUAGCAAGUUUCCAAGUUAAACUUUGGAAGAAUAAAAGGAUAAAGUUCCUAGCUCUCACUAUUUCUUUGCCCAAUAAGAUAUUAUAUCAUUCAGGUAGAAUUCUUUUAAUGACCAGGGAGCAAGUCCCAUUGACGUCAAGAGAAAUUAUGACUUGAAGUUAAAAGCUAACUCUGAAAUCAUUAAGACAGAUAUUUAGGAUUGUCUCUGCCUGGUGGCAUUCAGUUACAGUCCUAUUAGUUCUGGCUUUAGAUGGUCUCCAUGUGCUUUUGUGCUGCUUAAUUAUAGGCUGUAUGCAGUAACUGUGAUUUUAAGAGAAAGAGAGAUCAUGUAUUAAAAGAGAGGAAUGUCCUUCUAACUCACCAAAGAAAUUUUAGGCUAGGACUUUAAUAAUAUGCUAGUUAUCAUCAAAAGCAGACUCUAUGCCUAAAAAAAACUCACUGGAUUUUCCUUAGCCUUUUUAAGUAUGAAGUGGAAGUCUCAAUCCUUCCAUCUGCACCUGAAUUUCUUGGUCCUUUAUUGAGCUACUUGCCGUUAAUUGUCAAUGAAAGGUAUCACCAAUGGAGCAAGCAUCUCCCAGUCUCUGAGCAAAAGACUGAAAUCUAGCAAAUGUAAACUGACAGUAUGAUUGGCCUCUGAUCUGAGUGAACUUAACAUGCAGUUCUGAACAUAUAUUUGCAUAUGGAUUAGGAAGGCAAUAAGUGGGACCUUGGAAAUAAUGAGAUUGUUUUUCCAUGAAAGAGGUUUUCAUAAAAGGCUCAUACUAUAAUCUGUUAGUUAGUUUUCAGUUUUUUACUCUUUUCUGAGCCACAUUUCUAUAAUAACCAACGAAUCUAACCCAACUUCUCAUGCAUUGGAAUGUCUAUUUAAUAUUAAAAAGUAUCUAUCUGAAUCUGCAGAUACGGAAACUGAAAUACCACCUUCGUUCACGUACCUCUGCAUAUACUACAGUAUACUUAUUAUUUGUAGCAUUUACUUACACUUAAUUUGGUGGAACUUGCAAGAUAAAGAUAUCUGGUCAGUGCCAUCAGAGUCUCCUUCAAAAACUGCCAUCAGGUGAAUUCUAUUCCAUAAUAUCAACAGUAAAGCAGUCAGCACAUUCAGCUGAUUUAAUACUUAAGAGAAAAUAAGUGAUCAUUCUAGAGAAUAAGUCAGAUGUGGUAGAAAGAAUACUAGCCUAGAAAGGAGACCUGGAUUCUAAUAAGGGCUUUAUGAGCACCUUACUGCAUGACCCUGGGCAAGUCUCUCACUUUUCUAUUGCUGUUUCCUCAUCUGUAAAAUAGAUAUCAGACUAGCUUCUCUCCAAGGUCUUUCCCAAACCUCUACAUUCUGUGGUAUAAGUUGCCUUGCAAAUUCAAUCUGCUAAACUGAUGGCAAAUAUCAUGCUUAAGCCUGGGUCUCUUAUGCUGUAGUGAAACACUAGAACUAUGUAAGAUGGAAAAACUCAAGUAAAUGAAGUUAGUAAUACUAAAGAAUGUUGAUACAACUUGUGGCAGUCUUCCAGUUUAUUCACAAUUGUUUUGUUUUAUUUUUGCUUUAAUUUUUUUCUCUGUUAAGUGUUCCCAUAUUUAUUUUCCAUAAACUCUCUAUGUAGACUCUGGUUUUCAUUAAGCUGUGGUCAGUAUUUGCUACUAGAGCAGAAAUACGCUGUCACAUUUGCUAAAAUAGAAUUGUACUUGGGCCUCUUCUUUCCUGUAAAGCAGCGCUGGGCCUUCUAGAUGUAAAUUCAUAAAUGGCACAAAAUGGCAGAUCUAAUGCAUUUUAAUGGCUGAGACUACAAAGAGUAGAUCUAAACGUUAGUAAGCUGCAGAGAGAAAAUAAAAAGUAAAUAUGUGCUUUUGACAUUAAGAAGUCUUGAUAGAUUUACUUUUUGGGAACCAAAGAUAGUUUUUCUGAUGAAAACUCCCCCAGUGGCCAGUUGUGUGAGUAUGCUGCUGGAAAGAAGGUAAAUUUCGAAGUUAGUGAAUGGUCCCAAUGGCCUGCGUACAGUAGAGUGCCAACCAGCCCUGAGUGCAAAAUUCAAGUUCACUUUGUAUGUGUGAGUGUGGUACACUUUAUGGACCCACAUAUAUUAUAUUCAUGAGUGACAAUAAGAUCUCUAAUGGAAUCCGCUAACUAUUAAUAUGUUGAGUUUUAAAUAUCAAUACAUCAGCCGGUAGGUGCCAGAUUACAAGGGUAUUGAUGUUCUAGGAUUAUACUCACAACAAUCAGGUAAAAUAAAUUAAAGAGGAUCUACAUUUUCACUGUUUCACAGAAGUGUAUCUCAUUUGGCUGUGCAUUACUUUUGUCAAAAUGUGUUAUCUGUAAAUCCAUGUGUAGUGAAAUUCUUCUGUAACUUUGGAUUAAAGGUAUUUAUGGUCUUUUGUUUGUUUGAUUUUUAAGUAAGUUAUUUCUUUUGUAGACUUGCUGAUGGUAUGGUUCCAUCCUUCUACCUUCAGCAAUCUUUUUAAAGGAUUUUUGUUUCCAAUAUUGUUAUUUUAAAUUGUGGUUGAAGCAAUAGAAAAUUGAAAUAUGGAUUGUGCAUGACUGUGUCUUGAGUGUAAAAAUAUUGCAGUUUGAAACUUGGACCUAAAGUAUUGCAAAUAAAAAUGACAAAUAUCAAUGA